AUGUUCUUUUGUUAUUUGUUGAUCAUUUUCGCAAUUAUUCCCUCGAUUUCCGUUUGUCUUUGCGCUCCAUCGCCCGUCAACGCCACGUUUUGUCAAGCCGAUUGGGGUAAAGAAAGCAAUGGCACGUUGACAAUGGAGAUUUGCGAUCAGAUCGUUCCAAAACCGAAAAAUGUCGAAUUGAAAUGGGAAAAGCUUCGAAUAACGAAACAACCGCUGCCCGAGGGAUCAACCCGGAAAGGACUCAACAAUUUGCGAUACGGUGUCGAGCAUUUGCAAGUGUUCAAAAAACCCUCGAAUCUCAGCACUUUACCCAACGAGAUCUUCACUCCAAGUGAGCCGCCAGCUUGCGGAUUGAUCGUUGAGGCUGGACGGGAAUACCUUUUAGCUGGUUCCCUAAACGGUGACGCUUUGUACACAGUACUUUGUGGACAGAUUCUCCCCGAUAAUAAACUCGGCGAAACGAUCGAGUCGAGACUUGAAUGGAAAAAUAUUCCCAACGGCUACGAAAAAGUGUUACAAGGAUUUCAAUGC